UUGAGAGAGAGAGAGAGAGAGAGAGAGAGAGAGAGAGAGAGAGAGAGAGAGAGAGAGAGAGAGAGAGAGAGAGAGAGAGAGAGAGAUUAGAAUUUCUUUGCUUGGAAUUUCCCAGAGCUGUGAGGACCUAGCAGCUCUAGGCUCCCAGAGCCAUGCCCUGCACGGACCCCCCUUCUGAGCCAGCUCCUGAGGAAUGAAAGGAAGCCAGGAACCCCCAGAAGGCAGCCGUGAUGUGGACAAACCCCCUGGCGUCGGCACCCUUCCCAGGGCCAUAGGCGACUCAGGGGAAGUGGAGAGAGCUCCAGCCAGGAGAGCCCCACCGUGCCCAGCGUCCUGUGAAUGCCUCGGACAAAAGGAGACACACUGGGGAGGAAGAGCCUUGCUAGGCUACAGCGCUGCAGAGUGAUUUUCCCUUCUGACAUUGGACCUCCCCCCUGCACCCCCAUCUACCCAGAGUACCAUGAAGAACUAUGAGGAUGUGUGACAGAGGCAUCCAGAUGUUGAUCACCACUGUGGGAGCCUUCGCAGCCUUUAGUUUAAUGACCAUUGCUGUGGGCACGGACUACUGGUUAUAUUCCAGAGGUGUGUGCAGGACUAAAUCUACAAGUGACAAUGAGACCAGCAGGAAGAACGAAGAAGUAAUGACCCACUCAGGGCUGUGGCGGACCUGCUGCCUGGAAGGGGCCUUCCGAGGUGUGUGCAAGAAAAUAGACCAUUUUCCCGAAGAUGCCGACUACGAGCAGGACACAGCCGAGUAUCUCCUGAGGGCUGUCAGGGCCUCCAGCGUCUUCCCCAUCCUCAGCGUCACGCUGCUCUUCUUCGGGGGGCUCUGCGUGGCUGCCAGCGAGUUCCACCGCAGCCGGCACAAUGUCAUCCUCAGCGCAGGCAUCUUCUUCGUCUCUGCAGGACUCAGCAACAUCAUUGGCAUCAUUGUUUAUAUCUCCGCCAACGCUGGAGACCCAGGACAACGGGACUCCAAAAAAAGCUACUCCUAUGGCUGGUCCUUUUAUUUUGGCGCCUUCUCCUUCAUCAUCGCAGAAAUAGUGGGAGUCGUGGCCGUGCACAUCUACAUCGAGAAGCAUCAGCAACUACGGGCCAAGUCCCAUUCGGAGUUCCUAAAGAAAUCCACCUUCUCCCGCCUUCCUCCCUAUAGGUACCGGUUCCGGCGACGGUCCAGUUCACGCUCCACUGAGCCCAGAUCCCGAGAUCUAUCCCCCAUCAGCAAAGGCUUCCAUACCAUCCCGUCCACUGACAUCUCUAUGUUCACCCUUUCCCGGGACCCCUCAAAGAUCACCAUGGGGACUCUCCUGAACUCCGACCGAGACCAUGCUUUUCUACAAUUCCACAAUUCCACACCCAAAGAGUACAAAGAGUCGCUGCAUAAUAAUCCCGCCAACAGGCGCACCACGCCCGUCUGAACUGACCUCUGCCCUCUGCCCUCUGGCCCAGUCUAGUCUUGAGGGGGCCUGUGGAAGGAGGUGUCUUGGAGGUUGCAUGGCAUGGUCCUCGUGAUGGUAUUACUUUUUGCAAAGAAUGAAACCAAAUGGACUCCACUCACCCUAUCUACUGGCCCCUUGCCCUCUUUGUCCCCAAGAGGGCCCCCUACGUUCCCCCUUCCCAUUCCCCUUUCGCGCCUCUUCCCCUGAAAUCAUCCAUACCUGUCUGCGUGUCUGUGCCACAAGUCUUCCUUCCUUCCUUC